UAACGAUUCGUAUUGUCAUGAGUAACAUGUCAUUUCCAUGUAGUAAACAAAAUUUAUGUGUCUUUUUUGAAAAAGACCACGUAUUCCUAUAGACAAAAUUUUGCCAAAAUGAUGUUUCUAUAUCUUGUUGUACCCGCCUAUGCGAUCCUCGAACAUAUAUCUCGUAUAGCCUAGGUCCAAUGAACUGAAGUAUGUUUGAUUAUGCACGUUGGCACCCAAUUCAAAUUCUCUAGUAUACGUCUUAUGCCACCAUUCUGAUAAAGAGCACUUAUAUUGGUAUAGAUCCAUUAUCAACAUUUCAUUUUAUUUCACCACAGUUCGACCCACGUUUCUGAUCUUACCUCGCAACAUUUCGGUCAAUGAAACCUCGUCGGUGAAUAUUCAAUGUACAGCCAGAGGCCCUGAUCAGCCAAUAAUAAGCUGGUAUCGCCUGCUGACGAAUGGUCAGAAAAUGAACCUAAAUUGCAGUAGUAAUGAACUUGCAAUCACAAAAGUUGACAGGGACGAUAGUGGAUUUUACGUCUGUGCAGCUAGGAACUACGCUGGAUAUAUCAACACUACAUUCUUCGUCAACGUGCAGUGUAUGUAUACAUUAGAUUCUUGGGCAUAUCGCUCGAUAGAACUUAGAGUUUACGGGAUUUGGAAAAUGGAAAUUUCGAGCGGGAGAUUACCCAUAGUUGAUACCAUAGUUGAUAUAUAUGACAUGGUUUGGAAACCAUUUGUUUUAGGUGAUUGUGUACCUUGUGCAGGAUCACGGUUGAAAAAUCCUUUGUCUUUCUAUUGUUUGACAAUAGUCAGUUCAGAAAGCUUGGCGAAGGGAAUGGGUAUUAAAUAUUUGUUUUGCCUACCAGAGCUAUAUCUUACGGCAUAUUUUGAAAAUAACGAAGUAUUACCACCAUUUUUCGAUGGAGAAUGUUUGUGUUACAUCGUUUGGUCAAUUCUCAUUGAUUAAAACCAAUAUGUGCAGGGUCAAACUGACUGUUCAACCUCCAUGUUUGUUUAUAGCGUAAUUUCUUUGAAGUUUGCCGGGUUUCCUAACCAGGUCUUAUAACAACUAUGUUGAUACUGAAGAGAUUACAGUAGAUAAUUGCACGCUCCUCCAAAAAGUGCAUGGAGUCAAACGCGAACUUUCACUUUGUUACAUCACUGGGGCCGAAUGUUCGACUGCCGAUCUAUAAGCUUAACCCUAGAUUAACCUAAAAUUCAAAGCAAACUUCCCAACAGCGUGAUUAUAAAUUUGGAUUUCUUAUAAUAACGUUAAACGCAUGCAUUUAUUAUUUCGCGUCAGUUGCAUGCGAGAACUUUUAAUUGACUCCAAACACCGCAAGUAUACCGUUACAAGCAGUACAGUUGAACCCCUAUUAAACGGACUGGUUGGUAACUACCUGUACGAAGAGGCCUUGUGACUGGUUGAUUAUAACAAUAAACGACAAUAAAGUACUAUUUAAAAAAUGGGCAGCAGUGUUUUAUCAGAUAUAAUGAGUUUUUAAACACUGAUCACUUUUGUUUCAGAAACCAAACACAAAACGUCAUAUUAGGUCAGAGAUAUUAGGUAGUAGGUACGAAACGGACGCUUUUGGGACCUCACAAAUGUGUCCGCUUGAAGGAGGUGUCCGCUUUACAGGGCCGGGGUUAUACUAAUUAUGUUUUAUUAACUUCGUGUAGAAACCCUGGGGCUAUUACAAUAACAACAAGCUUCAUUUAGUUCAGUUUAGAGAAAUUUUACCGCUAUUUUUUAUUUCUUUUCUUGGUCAGACCCUCCAUACGUCUUAAUUUCUGAACAGAAAGUGAGCAUAGUCGCCGGUGCACAUGCUAUCCUGCGCUGCCCUGUGAAUGCUAACCCAGCAGCAGAAAUACAAUGGAUAACUCCAGUUUGGUUUCAAGGACCACGUCUUACCAUCACGAAAGUGAAUAUUUCACAUGAUGGACAAUAUUCUUGCAGAGGAAAAAAUUUUCUGGGCACGACUGUUGCUUCCCUGCAAGUCCAAGUAAUGAGUAAGUAAUCUAAGAUAGAGUUUGUUUUUGCUAAAUUAUUAUAUGUUUCCAUCAAAACAACGAACAUUUGUAUUUUAAGAACUAGCAUCCGUUUGGUGGGAUAUGGGGGAUUUUUGUGUCGCUUAGACUGCAUGCAUAAUCGCGGGUUCUGAGUGCAUGUGGAUGGAACUGGACUUUCGAUCUCACGAUGCGACCAUUGGGAAUAAUUAUUUGGUGGUAAACUGCAAGGAGAGAAGACGGCAACAAGCGAAAGAGCGAAUUUAGAGAUGUUAAAACACAGUGUCAUUGUUAAUCAGUACUAUGUACUUCACUAAAUCACUCCUUCCUUUGUUGUCAUCCUUUUUUGCUGAGCGGUUUGCCACCCAAAAAUGGCGGACAAGGCUUGGUCGCAUGGUGAGAGUAAUUUUCAGUUGAAGCACUAACCCUAAUUAAUUGUAAUGUAAUAAGUGUAGUAGCUUAUAAGUUAUAAGUAUGAUUGCAUAAAUUAUCAUGGAUCUCAAAUUGCAUACACUUGUCCAUUGGACUUUCAAAAACUCACUCUAUUUUCUUAUCUAGCUCCGCCCCAUAUUGUUGACUUAAAACUGGUUCACCUACUCAAUAAUAUUGUAUCAAUAUCCUGUGUUACCAUUGGAACACCUGAAUCAGUUGUUGAUUGGAUCGAUCUAACUCCAUCACCGGCCGGCUUUUUCAAUGUUCAUGAUGGAAAUCUGCAAAUUGAGAAAAAAUAUAUCAACAACAUGAAGUUCCUAUGUAACGCUAGCAAUGUCUACGGUUGGAUGACAAAACAUGUUGCAGGUAAUGUUUUUUUUUAAUGUUCCCCAGUUCCGGAUGUCUUAUCUUCUUUUUCGAAAUAUUUCUCUUUGUUUGAUAUAUAAUUGAAUUUAAUCUUUGAUGAAAAUAGUUUAAAACGGUGAAAAAUCCUGAUAGAUUUCAUUUUCUGCGAGGGUUUUUUAGGGGGCGCCGAAACUGCAUAUGAAAUGGAACAAAAUUUUGUCAAUUCUACUUAAAAAUCAGCCAAAUGCCGAAAUGGCUGUGAAGGAAAGAGAGGCGCGUGAUAAAUUGACCCUAGAAGUACUUACGUCACACAAUUUUCAAUCUGAAAAUGCAUAUACAUUAGGCAUACGCAACACAAUGUGGGAUACAUCCUUCCCCCUUCCAUCGACACAUAUUUUAGGAAAUACAUAACGUUGGACGCCAAAAUUUGAGGUGACCUCCCCUGAUGAAUAAGAGCCAGCACGCCAUUGGUGGUGCAUGAGAAUGAGGGAAAUAGGAUGUCCACAUUUCCUUGGGAAACAAAACUAUCCAAACCAAUCGUGAUAUUGCUAAAACCUGCCUAUAUUAAUGUAAUACGACGACGACGAUAUUGCUAUAUCUAUCGUUAAGAAUCUUCUUUUCUUUGUAGUUCCGAGCUCGCCAUAUAACUUCAAUACAACCAAAAUAUCAUCCAGCUCAGUAACAUUUUCGUGGUUAACUGACGAUUCAGAAAUCAUCAGCAAUUUUAUCGUUGAAAGGCGUUCAAUAUCUGACUGGGUUACAAUCAAUUCCUCAGUUAUCUCACCGUGGUUUGAGGAUCGAAAUCUAUCACCAUUUACCACGUUCCUGUAUCGCGUCAGUGCUGAAAAUGUACUGGGAACGAGUAAGCUCGGUGGUAGUUUUAAUGUUAGCACUAAGGAAGGAGGUACGUUCUGUCUUGAAAUCAUGGGCCGGGUCAGCAUUAGUAGGACCGGGCUUGGGCGCAUAUGUCACCCACCCCUUGUGAAGUCAUUCAAGUCUCUAAAAUGCAAUUUUGCAUACAAAAGAUUGACUACGCUAUAAACUCGGCCGUGUGCUUUUAUCUACGCGCCUAUAUUAAUUAAUUAAAACUGUAACAUUUUGCUCAGAUUGAUUAAUGUAUUAAAGAAUGAAUAAGAAAAGAAAGAUAUCGAUACUUGUUAACAAUGACACUGUAUUUUGGUGUUGUUACAAAUCUGUAACUGUCAUGACUGCCUUUAGAUUGUCUGUCUUUAGUGACUGUUGCUUUUGAAUUUCGGAAUUAAACCUUUAAACCGAAAUGUCACCAAAUUACACUCUGCCUCUGGAUAUAGUUAAGUUUUCAUAUGAAGUAUCUCGUUGCAAUGUCUUACUAAAUUUCAACUAUAACGGGGCCCCACCAAGAUAUCUAUGGGCCCCACAAUGAAGGGAAGCUGAGGUCUACCGGGGACCCCGCAUUGUAACCCAGUCGGCUAAUCCGCCAUUGCUUGAAUACAGUGCUUGAGACAUUUUUACACAAAUCAAGAUAAUCUUUGAUCAUGUUAAAAUAACGGAUCUCUUCAUUUAGUGAUUAUAGUACUUUGAGCAGAUAACAUUCUCUCCCAUUUCCAUUGUUUGCUGUUUACAGUAUUGUUUUUGGUAUUGUCGAGUCGAAUGUUGUAAAACAUUAUAUAUAUCAACAUAAUGAUAUGAAUUGUCCAAAAAUGUUAAUUGGGUGUGUACAUGAACUUGUGGUUAGAGCUCGACAAUUGGCCUCUGUAGCCAUGGGCGUACCGGAAGGAAAAAUUUAGGGGGGCGGAAAGAAAUUUGCCCGACUUUUUCCGUUUUUGCCCGACUAAAAAAUUUUUUCCGGAAUUUAUUUUGGCGACCUCCCCCCCCCCAGUGUACCAUUUUAGGGGUCAAAAAAUUUUUUCGGACAUACCAAAAUUUUCCGGAACCUACCAAAAAUUUUGGACACAUCACAAAAUUGACCACAAAAUUUACAGAAUUUGUCUUAUUUUUUUUUUAUACACCAAAAUUGCCCGACUGUUCAGCGAAUAUUGCCCGAGUAUUGGCUGCCGCCCCCCCGCCCGGUACGCCCAUGUCUGUAGCUCAGUUGGUUAGAGCACUGCACCGGAAUCACAGGGCCGCAGGUUCGAUUCCUGCCAGGUAUCUAAAGUUGCAUUUUUCACAGCUGUUCCUAGUUAGGUCCAACAAAAUGUAUAUAAAUUUCUACUCGACAAUUUCCAUCUACAAGACCAUCAAAUAUGUGUACUGUAAUCCUAUGAAAAUAGAAUAAUUUAUGACGCACCUUGUAAUGAAUAGUGUUUAAUGUACUAGUGGAAAACAGCAAAAACAAUCGGAUUCAUUGAUGUUUUAUUCUUAAUAAUGUCUUCUUUGUUCUUCUAUAGUUCCUUCCUAUCCAUCAAAACUCGAAGCAAAGUCACGAUCACUCACCAGUAUUACAGUAUACUGGGAACCACCAACAGAACCACGUGGUCAGCUAACCAACAUUGUGUAUGAAAUGUAUUAUAAAGAAAGCACAACCUUGCCUGAAAAUGAAGUAAAAAUUGCAGUUGAAAACAUGAAAGGUCAUAUAAGAAUACAAAAGUUGAAGUCGAAUACUUUAUACAUAAUAAAGAUACGGGCAGGUCGACAGACUGAUGGCGGUCUUAAUUGGAGUGAUUACAGAUGGCUACGUACACGAACUCUGCAAAAAGGUAUAGGAGUAAUGUAUAAAUCCCCUCGGAUCGCCUUGUUUUCAGCUCUAUAUAUUAGUUCCUUAUUAUUUUAUUUUCAUUUGAAGCUGAUAAUGAGCUAAUACAGCAGCAACUUGGUACAGAAAAAUCCAAUACAAAACUUAUUUUCGCUAUUUCAGCACCUACGACUGCACCAAAGGAAAUAAAAGCCGUUAGCAACGGUCCAAGAAAAAUCUAUGUGACCUGGGAGGUAAAUGUUGAUCUCAAAUCAUUAAUAAUAGUUCAUCAGGGGAAAAAACCCCAGGGGAAAUCAAAACUGUAUCGAUGUUUCGAUAUUCGAGAAGAAAGGUUGCAUAAUUAAGAGAAUUUUCUAUAUACAUGCGUGCUGAUCGUGUGAUUCAAAGGGCUGUCAACAAGCCUGUCGUUGUUAUAGGGAUAUCUGUAUGGGGCAAAAUUUCGUAUAUGGUUAUAACAGCUCAAAUUUUAAUAUUUAUUGCAUGUUGCUAUUUUAUCAGAUAUAAAACAGUCGACUUUCUCUAGCCGUUUUUGUACAAGAACAACAUCAUUAGCCUCAGAACCGUCGGUAUGUAAAGCUGCCCGAAACAUUGCUGAAAUAAUUGAAUAUUGAAGUGCCUUUAUUCUCCUUAGUGAAUUAAAAAAAGUAGAAAUUUAAUGAAAGUUAUAACAUUAUUUUACGAUCUUUUUUGUCUUCAUAUUAACUAUGUCAUAAAUAUAAGUUCAGACAUUUAGUGCUUAUUUUCACUAGAGAUCUCACACCUACGUUGAAGGAUACAAAUUACAAUACAAGGAAUAUGAAUCGAUAAAUUUGACCACAGUUGUGCAGAUCAAAUCAUGGAAUACAAGCAGUUAUAUGAUAAUGGGUCUCACGGCCAGUCGAUAUUAUGAAAUACAGUUGAAUAUGUUCACUACUGGUGGUGAUGGACCAUGGUCUCAUCCCAAAGUUGUUCACACUGAGGCAGGUACGAUAUUACACAAGGAUUGGAACAGGAUUGGAAAAGGCUAAGCAUGAUAUCCUGAAUUACUCAAUCAAUGUUAUCUUUCGAAGUCAAAGCCUUAUAGGCAGAUAACAUUGAUCGACGUCUGAAUGUGAAUGAUUAUCAUAAUAAGCUGCAUUUAGAGGAUCAUUGGGGGAGAAGGGGGAACUUGACCCCUAUUCCUCUAGUUCCUACGCAACUCAUGAUAUAAAAUUAUCUUAUAUAGUGUAUGCAAUAUAUUUAUCGAUCAUAAUACGUCACAAUCAUCGUGUUUUAUUCUUAUUAUAGACCGACUUGCCUUACCUGGUCCCAUAGCCAGCUCCUCUGGCAGUUUACCAUGGAAGAUUGCUGUUGGUGGUUCUGUAUUGGCUGUAAUCUUACUCUUGCUACUUCUUCUCUAUAUAUAUUUGAUGAGAAAGUCCAAUCAUAAAGAAAGAUCAGGUAAAUAAAAUAUUGACUGGAGUUACAAAAUUAAUACUGAUCAGUGGCGUAGCCAUGCAGCUCAGCAAUUUAGUCCCGCUAUGCAAAUUCAAAAUUAUUAUCAUUAUUCAUUUCUUUAGAAAUUGAUUGUUUUCACAGUCAAUGCAUGAACACGAAAAUAUUUGCAUAGCGGGACUAAAUCGUCGGGCUGGCUACGCUACUGAUACUGUUGUGUUUCGGAAUGUGGUCAGAAUAUCCCAUACGCUUUGGAUAAUAACUCUGGAAUAUUAUUUCAGAAAUAAGGUUUCAACUGACUUCUGUUGCCAAAUUGAAUCAAUCUAUUAUAAUGGCAGCAAUGCUCAUUAUUUAUGCACAAUUAAUUACAUUCGUCAUCCAGUAUAUCGUGAUUUUGUUGGCAUAUCACUCGAUUCAAUAAUAGUUAAAGGGUCUUGUAGAUGGAAAAAAUCGAGUGGAAAUUUAUACACUGGGACCUGUAGUUGCAUUUUUCGCAGCUGUUUCUGAUUAGGUUUAUCCUGUCUACUGUUUAUUUAGGUUCCUCAUUACUAUAUCUCUACGUACCAAAAUAGAAAAGUCCGCGUCGAUCACAAUUACAUUUCGCAUUUUUAUCAAUUAAAUCUCUUGCUCUUUCGAGGUAUGAAAAUACUGUUUUGUGUUUCACUUCUAGAUACCAAGAGGACGAAGAAAAAAUCUCGUAAACACGGCGGGUGAGUGCAUGCAGUAUGUAAAAUAUGCAGUAAAAGGUCUAGCCUGCUCGCAGACCGAAAUUUUGUUCAAAAGAGGCCAUGAAAGUUCAUGAUUUGGAGAAACAAUAUAUUCCUCUUUACUUCCAAUAUCAAUUGCACUAUCGAUUUUUGCUUUUAGUUAGCGUCCCUUAACCCGUACCCUGGUUCCAGAGGUUCUUGUGUCUCUUGUGCAGUCGUAUUAUAAAUUAUUAUAUAGUAGAGAGUGAGAUACUGAAAAAUACACAGUGAGAUAUUUUCCAUAUCUUCACUAUAGUGAAGAUAUCGAUCACGUGACAAUUUGACAAUUUGCUUUUGAGCUAGCGUGAAAUUUCACAAUUUUUUGCUUGGGACUAUAUAAUAAACAGAACAUUACACGGUGGCUUGAAGAUAUGACUUUUAUCUUCUCGUGUUAAAAAAAUAUUUUCUCACUCGCUGCGCUCGUUCGUAAAAUAUUGUUUUCACCACUCGAAGAUAAAAGUCAUAUCUCCGCGCCGCCGCGUAAUAUCCUCUAUUUACGUAAUUUGUAACAAUACGGCGGCACAAGAACCUCUGGAACCAGGGAACGUAACCGGUUGCACUCUUUGAAGAUCAAGUAUAAAUGAGCUUGCUUACAGACGUUGAGUUGCUUGGACUCGUGCAGUUUUUUAUUGUCUUUGAAGAAAACAGUCAUGUUUGUUCUUUCAUGGCUCGGAUUAAUGCAACUAUCUGAAAAAUACAUGCAGAACUUCGACGUUUCAAGGCCCUUCGUCGGGAGCAAGGAUCGACCUUCAUUUACCUUUACUUGUUAACAAUGCUGCGCUCUUUAAUUAUCAUUUCUAGGUACGAUUUUACUGACAAUAUGAGUGGCGUGUCAAACGAAUCAGAAGGCAGUACUGAAGGAGUAUACAAUGUGAAUAUAGUAAAUGACCAUAUUGAUUUAUCAAUGUUUGAUAACAGUCAUCACACCAUUGUUGCGCCUGAAACCAUGUACGUAGAAAAUCCAAUACUUCCCACACAUCAAGAUGAUAGUGACGACAGUGAUGAAGCUGUUAGGUUGGCCACAUUCAUUGCUCGACCCAGUCCACACCCCACACCUCAUCUGACUGGUCGCCGUCAGCUAGAUGCAAGUCACGUGAAUCCAGCCUAUCACUCGGACGAAGAUGACGACAUGUACUCAUUAAAUGUUGACCGUGCAGCAACGACAAAAAGGUACCAAACUGAUGAAAACAGUAAUAACCCAGUUUAUGCACAGGUUGAUCUUGCCAAGAAAGAAAGAGACAAAAAAAACUCAAGAGAAUAAACCCUAGAACAAUGGACAACUUGCAUGUAAAGGCUGCUCUCCAGUUAAGCGUUUUUCAUACGUGCGUGUACGGACGGAAAAGUUUAAAUCUUCACUAAUUACCUCAACAAAUGCAUAUUAAAUCACACAGAAAACUAAAUUCAAUCCUUUUAUUCAAUUGACCAUUUGCGUAAUAGACUAAAUUUUGAUCUCAACAAAAAUUUCAUUACAGCUUGAAAGAGCAUCACAAAAUUAGUAAUAUUCCAAAGUUUCGUUGCAAAAUGUUGUAAAAUGCAGAAAAUAUAGCCUUGCGAAAUUUGCAAUUUUCAGUCAUUUUAGAUUACAAACCGGAAAUUGACAGCCUCGAAGGGUUUGGGGCUGUCAAUUUCCCGU